UUUAACGAUAAACGGAUAUGGUCCCAGCUCCACCCAAUGAUGUUUACUUCUCUAUGUUCCGGUGGAGCAAAUGACGUCAUACCUGUUUCCUCCUCCACCCCCACGACCUGCCAAGAGACAGUAGGGACACGCACGUCGUCCUAGGGAGAGACAUCACCUGUGCGCCUAUAACAAGUGAACGUUCCUACUUCUCCUUCAUUAAGACGGUGCUGCUACUGAACCCAGGAUGAUGGCGGUUCGGUCGUUCUUCGUCCUAUUCCUGGCAACGAGAGGCGCCAGCCACAACAUCUACACAGAGAAUUCUUCAACGUUAACUGGCAACUCUUCCUCCCAGUUCGGCUACAGUGUCGCCUUCUGGGAGACCAACAACAAAAUGAAGUUGGUCGUGGCAGCCCCCAUGGAGGACAAUGGGCUUGGCGGUGACGGUGAACAUGGUUAUGGUCUGAUUAUCCCAGGUGAAGUGUACCUGUUCGACCCCCAUAAUGAGUUUACCAUCUGUUGCCAAGGUGAUACCAAACUGGAGCCACUCUAUGACCCAGGCUCUGAUAAGAAGGACCUCAGGACGUAUGGUAAAGGAGGCUAUUACUUUGGUCUCGGGUCAACUGUGGUCACCGGGUCAUCUGCUAACGCUCCUCUCCUGAUGUGCGCUCCACGAUCUUCAUACUAUAAGCAGAGAGGAGGUGACCGCACAGUCAUACCAGAAGGGGAAUGUUUACUCCUAUACGGUAACUCACAUAAGCCUCUGCGUCUUAAACCCAAAACAAAUAAUGUGCGGUAUUGUGGCUUCAGCGCUGCGUUUGAUAAGAACGACACAGUGCUGUACUUAGGUUGUCCCAGCAGAACAGACGAUAACCCAGGAUACUUGUUGAAGUACGACUUGACCUCUAUGGACCUUGACCCCCUGGAGAGGAACCUGACGAAGGAGUGUGGGUCAGAGGAACCUUACGACGGCUGGGGCAUGACGCAGAAGGACUUUAGGGACGGGGUACUAACAUCCUGUAGGGAAUCUGGCGAGGUUGUGGAGUUAGAGACAUCACACCAGAUCCUGAAGGAGGGUAUCGGUGGCAUAGGAGAGAUGAAGGGCGCGGUGCUGACGGUAUGUGACGUAGAUGGUGACGGCGUGGGUGAGGUGUUGGUGGGGGCUCCUCUAGGGCGUGUGGCUGCAGGCGGUGGUUACAACGAGACGGGAAAAGUCUUUGUUGUGGGCGUAAAGGGCCUCAACAUCACACUGAAAGGAGAGAAAGACUUCAGUAGGUUCGGCACCAGUGUAGCCUGUUUGGGCGACCUCAACCUGGACGGCUAUCAAGACGUGGCUGUAGGGGCGCCACAGCACCCUGGAGGAGGCGCUGUAUUCGUGUACCUGGGUUCUCUUGCAGGUCUCAAUUCAGAACCCUCUCAGGUAAUACUACAGCCUCGCCAGGUGGUGGGUGAGUCACAGAUGUCACUCUUCGGGUAUAGUGUAGCAGGUGGGAAGGACGUGGACAAGAAUGGGUAUCCUGACCUCCUGGUGGGGGCACCUCUGUCCAACACCGCCCACUUCUUCAGGACGGCCCCGGUACUACGACUGCGUGUGUCUGUGUUUGAGUUUAGGAAUAACCCCGUGGACCUGAGAGCGAGGACCUGUAAUAAGGAAGGUGUAGAGGAGGACAGGAGGGUGUGUUUCUUUCUCUGCGUCACCCUUCAGGUCCAAGACGCCCCACACGGCCUAGAUCUGGAGUUGGAUGUCAAGGUGGAACUAGAUGUUGGCCAGUCGAGGAAAAGGAUAUUCUUCAAGGAGGACCGUAACACCACCAACACCAUCCGCAUGAUCAACGAGACCCACAACAUCACAUAUGAAGUCUACGCUGAGGAUCUAGCCACUGAAGAGGAGUUCUUAGCCAUCUCGGAGGCCGAACUCUACGUUACAGUCCUUCAGAUUCACUCUUGGGGCUCACAGGACCUCUUGCCGGUGUUCAGGAAGGAGUCCCCCACCCCCUAUGACUUGAGUAGCACCACAUCUGUCAAGUUUACAUGUGGGGAUGACGUCAGCUCCUGUGUGGCCAAGACCAACCUGCGGCUCUCUCUCGACAAGAAGGAGAUCACCUUUAUAAUCGGGGAGACGACGGUGCUGGUGAAUGCUACUUUAUCAGUGGAGAACAACACUGCCUUUGAGCCAGUCCUUCGUGUCGGGGAGGUCUUUGGGAUGACCCUACAGGAGUGCCGUGUCCUCGACAGCACUGCCUCCCUCACGUGUAUGUCCAACGGCACCUGCGUCACCUCCCCCAAGAGAUUCAGCCCAGGGGAACAGUUUCAUCUGGCAGUGGUGUUGCAGCCACAGAUAGAGGUCCUCCUAAACGCCUCACAGUCAACGGAGAACUUUACCAUCAAGGGCGACCUGUCCAUGAGAGUGUUUAACGAGGAUUUUAACGAGAGCGAUAACCUUCCCUCCUACACUCUCCUGCCUAGGGUGGUGCCUUCGUUAAACUUAUAUGGUGAAAGCCAGCCGGAGUCACUUACAGUCAACGGCAGCAACAGUACACCUAUGGCUAAGAACGUCACUUCUCACCACUUCUUCCCUCACGAGUACAGCCCAGAGAAGAUGGGUGAGAUAAUCAACCAUACAUACGUCUUAACCAACCGCGGCCUCACUCAGCUCAUCCACACCCAGAUCAAUAUAUCCUGGCCAGUGAGAAAUAGGACGGAUGGGAAGCAGUUCUCCCUCCUGCAGGACCUCCCGGUGUUGGAGGUGCCUCUCGGAACAUCUUACCAGUGCUACAAUGUCACCCAGGAGCAGGACUAUGAGUCGGGCAUGUCAACGGAGAGUCCUGUAGGAUCUGGCAACGAAUCAGGAGGAAGAGGAGAGGAACAGAUUGUGUCCUGCAGGAAUUUCGAAUGUUGGACUUACAGGUGUGAGUUGAUGAACCUGCCGAGUGAAGGUCAGGUGAAGAUCUACCUGUUGGCUGUGAUCCUUACUGCCAACCUUCAGGACACUCAUGGGCUGCUGAAGGUGCAAUCAUCGUGUGGGAUCCAGGUGGUGUCCCCUAGGAAGAACUUGGCCUAUCUAGAUGACAAAAACCAGCUGGUGCAGGAGGUGAAGGUGGCUACACAGCUGGUCCUACUCCGGGAGAUGGCCACAGAUGGACCUCCUGCCUGGGUGAUCAUUAUGUCUAUCCUAGGAGGACUACUGCUGGUGGGGGUGGUCAUCGCUGUCCUCUACAAGCUCGGCUUCUUCAAGAGGAAACGGCUACCCUCACAACCUCUGGGGGAAGAUAAUGCCACCCACCAGCAGUGACGCCACCCCUCACAACCUCUGGGGGAAGAUAAUGCCACCCACCAGCAGUGACGUCACCCUCACAACCUCUGGGGAAGA